UUCUCGCGCCUCCGCCUCCUCCGCCGCCGCCUCAGCCCGAGACCGACUCAGCCUCUCCCCUAUCCGAACACCGGCCGCGGCCCCACCGAGGCCCCGGUGCCCCGCCCCGCCUCGCCGCCGCCAUGGCGGACCCCAAAUACGCCGACCUUCCCGGCAUUGCCAGGAACGAGCCAGAUGUCUAUGAAACCAGCGACCUACCUGAGGAUGACCAAGCGGAGUUUGAUGCGUUUGCACAAGAGCUGGAGGAGCUGACGAGCGCCAGCGUGGAGCACAUCAUUGUCAACCCCACCGCCGCCUAUGACAAGUUCAAGGACAAGAGAGUGGGGACAAAGGGGCUUGAUUUCUCAGAUCGAAUUGGGAAAGCCAAGAGAACAGGAUACGAGUCUGGAGAAUACGAGAUGCUUGGAGAGGGCCUGGGAGCAAAGGAGACACCCCAGCAGAAGUACCAGCGACUGCUGCAUGAGGUCCAGGAGCUGACCGCUGAGGUGGAGAAAAUCAAGACGACGGUGAAGGAGUCGGCCAGCGAGGAAAAGCUGACGCCCGUGGUGCUGGCCAAACAGCUGGCAGCCCUGCGGCAGCAGCUGGCUGCGUCCCACCUAGAGAAGCUGCUGGGACCCGACGCGGCCAUCAACCUUACUGACCCUGACGGCGCGCUGGCUAAGCGCCUGCUGCUGCAGCUGGAAGCCACAAAGAACAGCAAGGGGGUUGGCCUCGGGGGCAAGGCCGCCAGUGGGAGCCCGCUGGACAGCAGCCUGGUCACCUACGAGCUGCACUCUCGACCUGAGCAGGACAGGUUCUCGCAAGCUGCCAAGGUGGCAGAACUGGAAAAGCGCCUGACAGAGCUGGAAGCUACUGUACGCUGCGACCAGGACGCGCAGAACCCUCUUUCUGCAGGUCUGCAGGGUGCGUGUCUUAUGGAGACCGUAGAGCUGUUGCAGGCGAAGGUGAGCGCCCUGGACCUCGCAGUUUUGGACCAGGUGGAGGCCCGGCUACAGAGUGUGCUGGGGAAGGUGAAUGAGAUCGCCAAGCACAAAGCCUCCGUGGAAGAUGCAGACACACAGGGCAAGGUCCACCAGCUGUAUGAAGCUGUGCAGCGCUGGAGCCCCGUCGCCUCCACCCUCCCUGAGCUGGUACAGAGGCUCGUUACCAUCAAGCAGCUGCACGAGCAAGCCAUGCAGUUCGGGCAGCUUCUGACGCACUUGGACACCACACAGCAGAUGAUCGCGGGCUCCCUCAAGGACAACGCUGCACUCUUAACCCAGGUGCAGACCACCAUGCGCGAGAACCUGUCCACAGUCGAGGGGAACUUCGCCAGCAUUGACGAGCGGAUGAAGAAGCUGGGAAAGUGAGCGCCUCUGGGAGACGGAGAGAGGGUCCCCCCAACCCUCUGAGCUCUAACAGCUGCGUAGUUUCCCCGUAAUCAUAGCACUCAUGCCCCCCGUCCCCUUCGACACUGGCGGGGCGGGGGCUCUUCUUGCAUGUGGGGCUCACGCCCCUCCUCUGGUGAGCAGAGUGGUAGUGGGGGACGCUAGGUGGUCUCUCCUCCGGCCCCGUGCUGGCUGCGUCCAGGCUGCUUUGCUGGUGUGGGGGUGCGCGGGUCCUUCGGCACAGCUGCCGUGCCGACUGUAACGCCGUCCGGCUGUUUCUGACCAUUAAAUACCGUUGUGCUCCGCG